UUACUGUAAAUUGUGCAAAAAAAGUAAAAACUAGGCACGGUCCUAGUGGAAUGUCCUUCGAUGAUACAACUAAUUGUACAGAAUUCUCAAAGUAUGGUCGAUUCAAUCCUUAUUCCAUUCUCCAUGAGAAAUGGGUUGUGUUCUUCUAUUGGGCUGAGCCGCAACCUUUGACAACUUACAUAUUCACUUUUCCUACGGCCAACCAUACCAAAAAUCUGAAGAAAAUUCUGGAUGGUAAUACAAUUUUACCGGUAACGUGGUCAGCUCGACAGAUAUUGAUGGAAGAUCAUAGAAACGUAGUUACUUUACUAGUGGAACGAGCAGACAGGGGAGAGUUCUGGCGAUAUCCAUUGUACAGAGUUACUGGCUCACACAAGAUUACUCCUCGAGACGUGCGCUUGAAGCAAACAGGAGAUAAUCGACUAAUAGGCUUCAUGGAUUGUGCUGAUGGAACUAUGUUUGCAAUGGCAAGGAUGAAUGAUGUGCCCCCGAAGAACAGACUAGCGGACGAAGCGGCAAGGCUCGGCUUCAAAGGGCGACGAGGUAAAUCCUAUCUGUACCAGGGCCAUGAAUGGCUUCCUAUACCAGAAGACGAUGAAAGAAACUACUGGCACUACCCUAAAAAGAACAAAGAACAAGAAAAAUCAUCUAAUAAAGUCCAGGAAAGUAGCAAAGAAGAAUCAGAAGAAACAAAUAAACCAGAAGAGACUGAACAAAAGGAUAAUUCCGAUGACGAUAAUAAAUUGUUUAGCGAAAAACAUAUAGAGCCAAAUUGCGUAAAAAUAGAGCCUGAAUUAUGGAAUGAUCCGAAACCAGAUCCAAUUAAAACUGAAAACAAAAUAUCUAUCGAAGAUUUACAUAAAUUAGAUGAAAAUGAAACAAUUAACAAUGAAAAUACAUUACUAAACGAAUUAUAUAAUACUACGAGCAACAAAAGAGAAACAAUAUUAGAAAAAAAUGCUGAAAAUGUAGAAAAUAUGAAAAACAGUAGUAUAACAAGCAAUAUCAAACCACAGAAAGUAACCAUAAAUAAUGUAGAAGUAAAGAAAUCAGACGAAAUCAAAGACGAUAAGGGUCAUAAAGACAAUAAAGUGAUAUAUAAAAAAACAGAUAAUACGAAGUCAGAAGUUAAGGAAACAGAAGAAAAGAAAGUAGAAGAAAAGAAAACAGAAGAAAGCAAAGCAGAAGGAAAGAAAGUAGAUAAGGGAGAAGAAAAUACGAUAAAAGCAGACGAUAAGAAAACUGAAGGAAAGAAAACAAAUAACGAGCAAGCAAAAGAAAAGAAAACAGAUAAUAAGGAAAUAGAAAAUACAAAUUCUAAAGACAAUAAAGCAGAACAAACAAAAGUAGAAAAAAUUAAGGCACAAGAUAAGAAAGCAAAGAAAAAGAAAUUAGAAGUAAAUAAAUCUGAAGGUAAGAAAGUUAAACAAUCGGAAGAAAAGGAAGAUGAAAAUUGUAAUGUUUGUUACGAUUCAUCACCGUCUAUGUAUACAACUUCUGAGCCUUAUACGCCCUCAGAUGCCCCACACGGGAAGACUGAACGAGGAUUAGAAAAGAAUUUGGUAUCACCCAACAUAGAGACAUCUACAGAAAUAAAAGGAACGACCAAAUUAUCUAAUGAAAAACCCUUAAUAAUUGUAAAUAAUGAGGAUAAUGUUAUCACUAUCAAACCUGUUCCACUCACCACAAUUUGA